UGUCUGCGCCCCGGCGGCGCAGGGGCGCGGGGGGGCCCCGGGCUGCUGCAUUUCGGGGCGCCCUCAGACAUGCCUCUCACCCCCUGCUGGACGCCCGCACGGCUCCGCUGGCUGCGACUGGCGAGGUUCGGAGACUAGCGCGACCCCUGCCCCAACUUCAGACUUUGGGGUCCCCCAGCCCGAGAAGGACUGGUAGCCCGGCUGGGGGAGCCCCGGGUGUGGUGUGACGGGGCGGUCAGCUUUGCUGAGCCCACCCUCCUGCCGCCGGUGGUCUCCUGGCCCCCAAGGAUGUAGCUGCGUCCCCCUCCGCGCGCCCCCGCCCCCGGCCCCGGACUUCAGCCGCAGUCUCCGCGACCUACGGGCUGCACCGCCAACUCUGUCCCCCGGGAGCCCAGCGCCGUCUCUUCGUCCUCUGGAUCCCAGCAGCCGUCUCUGCAUCCCCCAUCCCCGGAUUCCGGUAUCGCCCCCCUCAAGAAUCUAGCAGCGCUGCCCGCGAACCCCAGGAUCCAGCAGCUAUCGCUGUGCAUGCACCCCCCUCCCGCCCCCCAGCAGCCCCAGCGUCCAGCCGCCCUCUCCGCGUCUGCUCAACCCCAGGCUCCAGCCGUGAUCGCCGCGUCGCCGGCAUCUAGCUGUCGCGCCAGAGCCGGCUAGUGCAGCGCAUCCCGGCGCGCCCGAGUCCGGCCCGGCCCGGCCCGGCGGGGAGAUGAACGCGCCGCUGGACGGCCUGUCGGUGAGCUCGUCUUCCACCGGCUCGCUGGGCUCGGCGGCCGGGGCGGGCGGCGGCGGGGGCGCGGGGCUGCGGCUACUGUCUGCCAACGUGCGCCAGCUGCACCAGGCACUGACGGCGCUGCUGAACGAGGCGGAGCGGGAGCAGUUCACACACUGCUUGAACGCCUACCACGCGCGCCGCAACGUCUUCGACCUGGUGCGCACCCUGCGCGUGCUGCUGGACAGCCCGGUCAAGCGGCGCCUGCUGCCCAUGCUGCGCCUGGUCAUCCCGCGCUCCGACCAGCUGCUGUUCGACCAGUACACGGCCGAGGGCCUCUAUCUGCCCGCCACCACCCCCUACAGGCAGCCCGCCUGGGCCGGCCCCGACGGCGCGGGGCCUGGGGAGGUGCGCCUGGUGAGCCUGCGGCGCGCCAAGGCGCACGAGGGCUUGGGUUUCAGCAUCCGCGGCGGCUCGGAACACGGCGUGGGCAUCUAUGUGUCGCUGGUGGAGCCGGGCUCCCUCGCUGAGAAAGAAGGGCUGCGCGUUGGAGAUCAGAUUCUGCGCGUCAACGAUAAAUCCCUGGCCCGAGUAACCCAUGCGGAGGCAGUUAAGGCUCUGAAGGGCUCCAAGAAGCUAGUGUUGUCAGUGUACUCAGCGGGCCGCAUCCCGGGCGGCUAUGUCACCAACCACAUCUACACCUGGGUGGACCCUCAGGGCCGCAGCACCUCCCCACCUGCCGGCCUGCCCCAGCCCCAUGGCAGUGCCCUGAACCAGCCUGAUGGGGACCGCAGGAGCACCCUGCACCUGCUACAGGGUGGGGAUGAGAAAAAGGUGAACUUGCUGCUGGGUGAUGGCCGCUCCCUGGGCCUCACCAUCCGAGGGGGCGCUGAGUACGGCCUGGGCAUCUACAUCACCGGAGUGGACCCAGGUUCGGAGGCAGAAGGCAGUGGGCUAAAGGUCGGGGACCAGAUUCUGGAGGUGAAUGGGCGGAGCUUUCUCAGCAUCCUGCACGACGAGGCGGUGAAGCUGCUCAAGUCCUCGCGACACCUCAUGCUGACAGUGAAGGAUGUUGGGAGGCUGCCGCAUGCCCGCACCACCGUGGAUGAGACCAAGUGGAUUGCCAGUUCCCGCAUCGGGGAGAUCGCCACCAACUCAGGGUUUCCUGGGGACCUCACAGCAGAAGGGACACACAAGCUGGGAUUUUACAAGGGCCUGGCGGGCUCACAGGUGACCCUCAGCAGCCUGGGGAACCAGGUGCGUGUUCUGCUUGAGGAGCAGGCCCGGCACCUGCUGACGGAGCAGGAGCGUGCCACCCUGGCCUACUACCUGCAGGAGUACCGUGUGGGCAGCGUCUCGGUGGACGCCCUCACCAUGGCCCUGUUCGAGCUACUCAACACCCACGCCAAGUUCUCGCUCCUCUCGGAGGUGAGAGGCGUCAUCUCCCCGCAAGACCUGGACCGUUUUGACCAUCUGGUGCUGAGGCGUGAGAUCGAGUCCAUGAAGGCACGGCAGCCCCUAGGCCCUGGGGCCGGGGAUACCUACUCCAUGGUCUCCUACAGCGACACGGGUUCCUCCACGGGCAGCCAUGGCACCUCCACCACCGUCAGCUCGGCCAGGGAGCGGCUGCUGUGGCUUAUAGACCUGAUGGAGAACACCCUGGACCUCGAGGAGACUGGCGAGGCUGUCCAGAGCAAUGCCAAUGCCCUCCCUGAUGUGUCCGUGGAUGACGUCAAACCCACCUGCGAGGGGCUGCCCAGCUGUAAGCCGCCACCUCCCCCACCCGCUCUGGGCCAGCUGAAGAAGCCAGGGCGAGAGGACCCCCCGGCGCCCUCCUCAGCCUCUUCCCACUCGGGCAUCGUCUUCUCAGUUCCCAGGACACGCAGCCCACCGGCAGGCACUGCAGCCACCCUGGGGAUCCCUUCCGCACAGGACUCGCCCUCCUCCCCCAUCUACGCAUCUGUCUCCCCUACCAACCCCGGCUCCAAGAGGCCACUAGAUGCCCACCUGGCCAGGGUCAGCCAGCACCCCAUCGGCCCCUUCCCUCGGGUCCAAUCACCCCCUCACUUGAAAAGCCCCCCAGCUGAGGCCACGGGGGCCGGGGGCUGCCUGCCGCCACUCUCGCCUUCUGGCCACCCGGACCAAGUGGGCAGCAACCAGCACUUCGUUAUGGUGGAGGUCCACCGGCCAGACAGCGAGCCUGAUGUGAACGAAGUGAGGGCGCUGCCCCAGGCACGCACAGCCUCCACACUCUCACAGCUCUCAGACAGCGGGCAGACCCUGAGCGAGGACAGUGGCGUGGAUGCUGGGGAGGCUGAGGCAAGCGCCCCAGGUCGGGGCAGACAGACAGCACCCACCAAGAGCAGAAAUAGCAAGGAGCUACCCCGGAGUGAGAGGACCCCAGAGGCGGCCAGCAAACCACCUGGACUGCUGGAGCCCACGUCCACCCUGGUUCGCGUCAAGAAGAGUGCAGCCACCCUGGGCAUUGCCAUCGAGGGGGGUGCCAACACACGCCAGCCCCUGCCUAGGAUCGUCACUAUUCAGAGAGGCGGCUCAGCCCACAACUGUGGGCAGCUCAAGGUGGGCCACAUAAUUCUGGAGGUGAACGGGGUGCCACUGCGGGGCAAGGAGCACCGUGAAGCUGCCCGCAUCAUCGCUGAGGCCUUCAAGACCAAGGACCGUGACUGCAUCGACUUCCUGGUCACCGAGUUCAACGUGAUGCUCUAGGGCCUCACCUGCCCGGGCCCUAGACCCUCCCUGCUCCUGAUAACUUGGAGCUACAGGGUCAGGGUAACAGGAAGACGUCCCUCCCUCCACCCCAGCCUGCUGGACCAGCACCUGGAGAAGAUGAGAACCCAGGCAGGGCAGACAGAAGGGCGGGGCGGGAGCUGUGUGCAGAGGUCUGGCUUUUCCAUGUUGCCUGGUGGCACAGCUGCCCCCUGCCAGCCUGGGACCCAGUCCACCCUGGUCUGGAAUCAGGUCACAUGAGCAGUCAUGGAGGAGGCCCCCCUCUGCGGGGACAGGAGUCUUGCAAGACCUUUAGUGCCACAAAUAAGCAUCGAGCACCUCCUCAUUCAUGCCCAUUCCUUCUGGCUCCUUCUCCCCGCCCCCCACGCUAUUUAUUAUUUAUUGCCGCCUUCUUGCCACAGCAACCCCAGCCUACCCCAGAGGCCUUGCCGGUGACCAGCAAUGUCCGUGUAUUUAUAUACAGAGCUACGACUUUAAUUUUUCAAUAAAGAAAUCUGUACAAGGUUAGGGCCAGCAUGUUGUGUGGGCUGCCU